AUGCGGAAAUGCACGUGACUCAACAUCUAAUCGUUGUUGCACGACAUGCCGUGCGCUAAAGAGAAGGAAAUAUGAAACCCAGGCCUUCAAAAUUCCCCAGUUUCUUGUGUUUGGCGGGUUCAGUUCUCAGGGUCACCGACGUUUCUUCCUCUCGCUCUGAAUACCUCGACGAGCAAUUUGCAUACCAUGAGUGGCAAUGGCGUUUCAGGUGAUGAAGUCAUUGCCAAAUUGCUUGAAAUGGGUUUCGAGAAUUCCAAUGCAGUAGAAGCUGUAAAAGAAGUAGGGGCAUCAUUUGAUGAUGCAUUGGAGUUUAUACUGAAUGGUUGUUGUAGAGGUAAUCGGAGUGCGUCAAGUAGUUCUAGAUGUUCCACAAGCCAGGCAAAGGCUCCUCGGAAAAGAGCUUUGCCUGCCUCAAAACCGUUGGGUCAGAUACGGCAGUCCAGCAUCCUGGACCAUUUCCAAUCCUCGAGUGGACCUAAACGGAGGAAGACUGAUGUAGUAUCUGAUGUUACUGUAUCAGAGAUGGUGUGUGGUCCUGUAGAACAAUGUGUCGAACCUCUUUCUGGUGUGGACAGCAUUGAAGUUUUAUCAGAUAUGCCUCUGGUUGAUUGCCUAGAUAUUGGUUCAGAUUGGGAGAAGAGAGUUGACAGUCUCUUGCAGAAGCAUUUUGGUUUUGUAUCAUUGAAACCUUUCCAGAAGGAGGUCUUAGAUGCUUGGUUGGCUCACCAAGAUACGCUUGUUCUUUCUGCAACAGGAUCUGGAAAAUCUUUAUGUUUCCAGAUUCCAGCAUUGUUGACAGGGAAAGUGGUCGUUGUCAUUUCACCGUUGAUAAGCUUGAUGCAUGAUCAGUGCUUAAAGCUGGCAAAACAUGGAGUUUCUGCUUGCUUUCUUGGGUCUGGACAACCUGAUAGUACUGUGGAAAAUAAAGCAAUGAGAGGCAUGUACAACAUAAUAUAUGUUUGCCCUGAAACUAUCUUAAGACUAAUAAAACAACUCCAAAAGUUGGCAGAAAUUCGUGGAAUUGCUCUUUUUGCAAUUGAUGAAGUCCAUUGUGUUUCAAAGUGGGGCCAUGAUUUUCGGCCCGACUACAGGAGAUUGUCCGAGUUACGAAAGAACUUCAGUGCUAGGAAUUUGAAAUUCUUAAAGUUCGACAUACCACUGAUGGCAUUGACUGCGACUGCCACAAUUAAGGUUCGUGAAGACAUUCUGAAGACAUUAUCCAUGUCAAAGGAAACAAAAGUUGUGCUCACUUCAUUUUUCCGGCCAAAUCUAAGGUUCAGGGUACAACAUAGUAGAACAUCAAUAUCAUCAUAUGAGAAUGAUUUCCAUGACUUGAUAGACAUGUAUACGGGCAAAAGAGGACAAAGUGAGAAGAAACAAACAAUCAUCACAGAGGAUGUACACCAAUUGCUGGACAGCUCAUCUAACAGUAGUAUGUCAGAGGCUGAUUGCAUUUCAGAGAAUGAUAUGGACAAUAUUGAGGAUGACAAUUCUGACAGAUAUGAUGAAGCAAAUUCAUUCCACGAAAAUGGUCCAAGCACUUCAAAGGGAAGAGAAUUGUCAGUUGAUUACUUGGAAAAUGACGUUGAUGUCUUUCAGAGUGUGAAUGAUUGGGAUGUCAGCUGUGGCGAAUUCUGUGGACUACCUCUUUGUGAGGACAUGAAUACUAAAAAAGAAACUACAUAUGAGGUACUUGAUUUGCCAAGUCAGCUGGAAGAUAGAUGGAGACUUCUGCAACAGCCUCUAGAGAAAGGAUCAACUAUCAUAUAUGUUCCUACUAGAAAACAAACGGUGAAAGUUGCAACUUAUCUUUGCAGCUGUGGAGUGAAGGCUGCUGCCUAUAACGCAGGGUUGCCAAAAUCACGUCUUAGGCAGGUUCACAAGAUGUUUCAGGAAAGUACAUUAGAGGUUGUCGUGGCAACAAUUGCUUUUGGAAUGGGAAUUGACAAGUUAAAUGUCCGAAGAAUCAUCCAUUAUGGUUGGCCACAGAGUCUGGAAGCAUACUAUCAAGAAGCAGGUCGAGCAGGAAGGGAUGGCAAAUUAGCUGACUGCAUUUUAUUUGCAAACUUGACAAGAGCACCGUCACUUUUGCCAAGUCGAAGAAGUGAAGAGCAGACCAAGCAAGCAUAUCGAAUGUUAUCUGACUGUUUCAGGUAUGGAAUGACUUCCUCAUGCUGUCGGGCUAAAAAACUUGUGGAGUACUUUGGGGAGGACUUCAGUUAUGACAAGUGUCUCUCGUGUGAUGUCUGUGUUAACGGACCUCCAGAAAUGCAGAAUUUUAGGAAGGAGGUAGAUGUCUUAAUGCAGGUUAUUGCUGCUCAUGAUAGACAAAACAGAUACAAAAAUGAUGAUGCCAUGAGUAGUGAUAUUAGGUGUGAGAGCUAUACAGGGAGACUCAAUCUCAAGAUGCUUGUCAGAAAAAUAAGAGAGCAGUCUCAACAGUUUAUGGCAACUGAGCUGCUUUGGUGGCAAGGUCUUCUCCGAAUUAUGGAAGGUAAAGGGUUCGUCAGAGAGGGAGAUGAUAAGACACAUGUUCAACUGAAGUUCCCCACGAUAGCAGAACUUGGCCUGAAGUUUCUGCAAUCCGAGAAGGAGCAAAAUUUCUAUGUUCACCCUGAAGCAGAUAUGCUACUCUCGGCAAGCAUGCCCAAAUCUUUCUCCUCUUUCUCAGAGUGGGGAAAAGGCUGGGCAGAUCCUGAGAUCCGACGUCAGCGGUUAGAUAGUUUUCGACAGAACAGAAGCCCGCAAAGCUCUUUUGGUACUAGAGGAAAACGAAAAUCACGAAAGCAACGAAAGAGAAAAUCAAGUGCAGAUAGUCAAAGUGUUAGAACUGUUCGAGGUAGAAUACAGGCUAAACUCUCUAAACAAAGUAUCAGACUGAGGUCAUAAAUCAUUAGAUUGUUUUCUAAUUAGCAUGUAAAAUGUGUAGUAGCUAUUGACAAUGUACAUUGUAGCGGAUCCCAAUAUCCUUUGAUUCAAUACAGAAAUUGUUCUC